GAAGCGCGCGCGCCGGCGGGGUGCAGUAAGGCAGCGCGGGCGCGCGGCGGGAACGGCCGGGCCCAGCUGAGGCGGCGGCCGCAGCGCUGCCAGCUCCGCUCCUCUGCGUGCCCCUCCGUCGGGGCUCGCCGCGCUCCCGCUGCCGUGUGCCUCCGGCGUCAGUGCGCGGAGCGGGCUCGCCGCUGCGGGCUGAGGGGAACGGGUCGCGCGGGGCGAGCUGAGAGGAGACGCGGUGGCCGUUGGAGGCGAGUGAGGGCGGCCCCGGGGGAUGGUUAACGGUACCUUUGGGCUUGUUACAACGACCAGCUAUGGAGAAGUGGAGCUUAAUGACAAUUACUGUUUUACUGGCACUUACUGUACGCUGGACUGUAUCGCUUGGUUCUUAUUCAGGUGCAGGAAAACCACCUAUGUAUGGAGAUUAUGAAGCUCAGAGACACUGGCAAGAAGUGACUUUCAAUUUACCCAUCAGGCAGUGGUACUUCAAUACAAGUGAUAACAACCUGCAGUACUGGGGCCUCGAUUAUCCACCUCUUACUGCUUAUCACAGUUUUGUGUGUGCUUACAUUGCAAAGUUAAUAAAUCCUGAUUGGAUUGCUCUGCACACAUCUCGGGGGUAUGAGAGUCAGCCACAUAAGUUAUUUAUGCGUACAACAGUGUUUGUUGCUGAUUUGCUGGUUUAUAUUCCUGCAGUUAUUUUAUAUUGUUUUUCCUUGAAAGAAACAUCCACUAAAAAGAAGGUUUCCAGUGCUCUCUGCAUCCUGCUUUAUCCAGGCCUCAUUCUUAUUGACCAUGGACAUUUCCAGUACAACUCAGUGAGCCUUGGCUUUGCCUUGUGGGGUGUGCUCUGUCUGUCUUACGACUGGGACCUUUUGGCAUCAGCGGCCUUUUGCUUGGCAUUAAAUUAUAAGCAAAUGGAACUCUAUCAUUCUCUGCCCUUUUUUUGCUAUUUACUUGGAAAGUGCUUAAAGAAGGGACUGAAAGGAAAAGGACUAGUAUUGUUAGCUAAAAUAGCUGGGACAGUGGUGGUUUCCUUUGCUGUCUGCUGGCUCCCGUUCUGUACCGACAUGGAACAAAUCAUGCAAGUACUCAGAAGACUCUUUCCCAUUGACCGAGGCUUGUUUGAGGAUAAAGUAGCCAAUAUUUGGUGCAGUCUAAGUGUCCUUAUAAAGAUAAAGAAUAUAGUGUCACCUCAAACUCAACUGAAAGUCAGUUUGGCUGUAACAUUCCUGAGCCUGCUUCCUACUUGUAUCAAACUAACUCUCCAGCCUUCUCUCCGGGGAUUUAAGUUUGCUUUGGUUAGUUGUGCGUUGUCAUUUUUCCUGUUCUCCUUUCAAGUACAUGAAAAAUCCAUUCUUCUAGUGUCCCUACCAGUCUGCUUAAUUAUAAAUGAAAUCCCUUUUAUGGCCACAUGGUUUUUACUUGUAUCAACUUUCAGCAUGUUGCCCCUUCUGCUGAAGGAUGGCCUGCUGCUGGCCUACACGGUGACAUCACUGGCCUUCCUCUGCACCUGCCUGGCUUCCUUCUCCAUAUUUGACAAGACUUCAGCAGAGGACCUGCAGCUGAAGCCCUUCUCCCUUUCCCUGAAGGGAUACAUUUCUUGGUUUAAGUCAUUUGCCAAGAUUGUCAGGAGCCUGUUUCUUCUGUCUGUAGCCCUGAUGGGUGUCCUGUCUGUGAUGAGCGCUGCCGUGCCUCCACCACAGAGGUUCCCUGAUUUAUUCCCUGUAGCCGUGUCUGUUAUUUCUUGCUUACACUUUUUACUGUUUUUGCUGUAUUUUAAUGUUGUUAUACUCUGGGACUCAAAGAAUAGUAGAAGUCAGAAGAAAAUCAGUUAAUCAGCCUGUGAAGAUCAAGGACUGAACUGUGAAAGGACAGAGUAUUUGCCAUGAGCAGUGCCUAGCAUUGCAGUUAAAGCUGUUAGUGAUGUAAUGCAGUUCCUGUGAGGGGAUGGAAGUCAGGAAACACACCAGACACAAAGACUAGUUUAAAGGGAAAGUAUUUUGAAGUUCAAUUGGCAAUGUGAUCUGGUGUGUUUCCUUCAGAAGUGUAAUACUUUUGUUACCAUUUGUAAACUUAAAAUGCCUAAUAAAGGACCAAGUU